AUGGCCACGACCAGCAUAGCGUCGACGCCGCCGCCGCCGCAGCCGCCGCCAUCGGCCUUCCGGCGCAACGCCCGGCUCCUCUGGCUGCUGCUGCCGCGGGUGCCGCUCAUGGUGCGGGUAGCGGUGCGGCACGCGCUGAGCCUGGCCGAGACGUCGGCGCACCUCGACGUGCGCAGCGCGGUGACGGUGGCGGUGCUGCGGUCGCUCUGCGAGCCCGACCCGGCGCAGUCCAUCUCGGCGUUGCAGCGCAGCUCGCGGCGCGACCCGGGCGUCCGCGGCCGCAUCUGGGUCAGCACGUACGCGUCGCCGCCGCCGCCCGAGGACGGGGCGCGCGAGGCGCUGGCGGCGGCGCUCGGGUCGCUGCGCGCGGCGGGGGAGGAUGGCAGCGGGUCGGAUCCGAGCUUCAGGAUGCCCGACUACGCGCUCGUCGAGGCCGAGUGGACGGGCUACCGGGCCGGCGCGGAGCCCGACUCCCCCCCGCCGGGCGUGUCGGAGCGGGCCAAGUACGAGGCGCUGACGGGCGAGUGCCGGCACCCGACGACGACGGUGCUCUACCUGCACGGCGGCGCCUACAUGAUGUUGGACCCCGUGUCGCACCGGCCGACGACCAAGAAGCUGGCCAAGCUGACGGGCGGGCGGUGCUACUCGGUGCGCUACCGCCUGGCGCCGGCGCACGUCUUCCCCGCGGCGCUGCUCGACGCCUUUGUGUCGUACCUGACGCUGCUGUAUCCGCCGCCGGGGGCCUUUCACGAGCCUGUGCGGGCCGAGCACAUUGUGGUUGCCGGCGAUAGCGCCGGCGGCAACCUGAGCCUCGCCCUCAUCCAGCUACUCCUCGAGCUGCGCCGCACAACCACCCGCGUCCACUGGCACGGCGCCGCCCGCACCGUCCCGCUCCCCGCCGCCGCCGCCUGCAGCUCGCCGUGGAUGGACCUGACGCACAGCGCCCCGCCCUUCGCCGCCGACGCCCCCGCCGCCUUCGACUACCUGCCCAAGCCCGCCACCGUCGCCCGCUGCCCGCCCGCCCCCUGCCGCCUGUGGCCCGCCGACCCGCCGCGCAAGUACCUGUACGUCGAGCACGCCGCCGCUGCCGCCCACCCGCUGGCCUCGCCCGCCGCCGCCCCCCGCUGGCACGGCGCCCCGCCCGUCUAUCUGUGCGCCGGCUGGGAGCUGCUCGGCUGGGAGACCCGCUUCGCCGCUCAGCACCUCGUCCGCCAGGGCGUCCGCGUCGUCUACGAGGAGUACGAGGCCAUGCCGCACUGCUUCGCCCUCGUCCUGACCCACACGCCCGCCGCCCGCCGCUGCUUCGACUCGUGGGCCGCCUUUAUCCGCUCCGCCGUCGAUGAUCCGGCCGGCAUCCAGUCCUCCGCCACGGGCAUCAAGGCCCGCUCCCUCGACCAGUAUCCCCUGCGCUUCGACGACCUGGCCGACGUCUCCCACGCAGAGGUGUGCCGUCGCAUCGCCCUCAAGGCCGCCGAGGGCGUGCAUCCCGCCGCCCAGGCCAAGCUGUGA